GUCGCCAGAACAGUGUUUUGCAGUUGUGCUCGGCGGGUGCUUAUGCCCAAACAUUUUUAAUCCUAGAGAAUUUCAAAUUAUUGCUAUCACCUUUUUCAUCUUCUUUCUCGCAUUCUUCGACUGCUUUUGGCAAUCUAUAAGGAUGACUUGUCUUCUUGAGGCUACUUUCUGACUACUUGUGAAAGGUUAAAUACGGCUCGUUUCUGCGUAACAAGAAGAGCUUAGCCUCACCGAUCAUCAGUUUCGACCUACUAGCCUAUCAUACAAGCCGUCAAAUGGAAAGCAGUAACAUGCGGACGAAGGACGAGGGUCAUGAAGGUGGCGAAGGAAGAAUGCAAACGUGUAAACAAGUUGGUGGCGUGCCGUCCAGUGGAGAGAUGAAAGAAGAGAGCGACAUUUCCAACCUCACAGCAAAGAACAUUUUAUCAGGAUUGGGUUGGCUCGAUCGAUUUCUUUCAUUGUUCAUCAUUUUGGCGAUGAUUUUAGGUGUUGUCAUUGGUGUGUUUGCGCCAAAUGUCAGAGAACAUUUGAAUAAAGGCAAUCUCAAUGGCGUGUCAGCGCCUCUGGUCGUUGGUCUGAUCGUUAUGAUGUGGCCGAUUUUAACAAAGGUGCCGUACGAGACGUUCAGAACGACAUUCAGGGGCUCGAAAAUUUGGUUGCAAAUUUUCAUGUCUCUAUUGCUGAACUGGAUUCUUGGUCCUUUCUUGAUGUUGGGUAUAGCUUGGGCAACAUUGCCAGACCUGGAAGAGUAUCGGAUUGGCAUCAUUAUGGUUGGCUUGGCUCGCUGCAUUGCCAUGGUGAUGAUUUGGAACAAGAUUGCACGCGGUGACCCGAACGUUUGCGCAAUUCUAGUUAUCUUGAAUUCAAUAUUGCAAAUUGUCUUAUAUGCUCCUUACUGUAUCUGGUUUAUCAACGUGAUCUCGGGUUCUCGAAACUUUACACUCGACUAUGCAGACACUGCGAUUUCCGUUUUGAUUUACCUCGGCAUACCUCUGAUUGCGGGUGGUUCCACUCGUUUCUUCCUCAUUGCCUUUGUGGGUCGCACCAAUUUUGAGAAAAAAUUCCUGCCAUUCUUUGGUCCUCUCUCGCUUGUAGGCUUGCUCUACACUAUAAUCAUCAUCUUUGCCGAGCAAGCAAGACACAUAUUGGAUAAUUUGGGGCCUACUUUUCGCACUUUCGUACCAUUAAUUUUGUACUUUGCAAUCAUGUGGAGCAUCGCUUUUUUUUCGGUAUGGUACUUCAGUAUACGUUAUGGACACGCGAAUUGGGGCUACCAGAUGGCUGUCGUACAGGCGUUCACUGCGGGAAGUAACAAUUUCGAGCUUGCCAUUGCCGUAUCCGUGUCGGUGUAUGGAGCAGGAUCAAAUCAAGCACUCGCAGCAACUAUUGGCCCUCUAGUGGAGGUCCCUGUCUUAUUGUCUCUCUCGUGGAUAGCUCUGUAUGCGGGAAAAAAGCUCCGAUGGUCUCGAACUGUUUGAGAUGUAGUAAUCGUAGCGUUGAUUUAUUUGCCACAAUGCGGCCCACGUCUUUUUAUACUGCAAUUGUCUUCUCGAAUUGAAAGUGUUCUUGAUUGAGAGAGAGUAAGAAGAAGUUGUACAGACGUUUUGUUCCUAUUCCAGCGUUCUUUUCAUUUCGUUUGACUUUGCUUUUAAGGUGCGCACGCCCCCCCAAGAGAAUAUGUGCGCAUAAACGCUCACAGUGCAGCGUAAACUCGAAAAGCAGAAAAGCAGGGCUUCAUGGACCUAUAGUAUGCGUACAGUUGAGAGCCACGAAGGGAGAAGUAAAAAUCAGCAGUUUUGAUUUAUCUUCACUAUAAAAACUGUUUUGAAAGUGAUC